GAAGAAAAGAAAUUGAGUUGUGAGGGGCGGGGUUUUGUUGGAGGCAAAAUUCCUGUAAGGGGAAGGCGUUAUUUGUAGAUAAAACUAGGUCGGAGUAUAGAUUUGUCUGCCUUUAAAUGUGACAAGGAGAUAAACAAGGAGAGAGUCCACAAUUGCAUAUUCAACAAGUCUUCAUACUAAGAUAUUUGCAGCUAAGAAGCAGCAAAGAUGGAUGCAGGUGAAGACCAAAACACAGGCACCACCAGUGGAAAUCCACAGGCUAGCGGGAACUCCCGUGCACCCCAGAUAGCCCACAUGUCUCUAUAUGAGAGACAGGCUGUACAGGCUCUCCAAGCGCUGCAACGACAGCCAAAUGCAGCUCAGUACUUCCAACAGCUCAUGCUACAGCAGCAGAUCAGUAGUGCCCAAUUGCACAAUUUGGCUGCUGUGCAACAGGCCACACUUGCAGCUAGUCGCCAGUCCAAUACCCCAAGUAACAGCAUGCCCCAGGCACCUACCACUGUCAACCUAAGCACCACAUCUGCAGGAGGGACGCUGACUAAUCCUCGUCCCCAUGGCCCGGCCACCUCUGCAACAACUACAGCUCUCAACCAGUCUGUGUUGCUGGGUGGAAAUUCAGCAGGUCAGGGACAGAUGUAUCUUAGGGUCAACCGCUCUCUCAGGGCUCCACUUGCCUCUCAGCUCAUCUUUAUGCCUGGUGGUACAGCAACAGCUACUGUAGCAACAGUUGCCCAGACACAGUCUCAGCAGCAGCAGCAGCUGGAUGUUGCUCCUAACACUGCCAAUGCCCAGGCUGACAAUGAUCAGGUGCAGAACCUGGCACUACACUGUGCUUCCAGAGCAGUUGCUGUAAAGUCUGAGCUUCCAGAAAGGAAAGAUACUGCCAGCUUUCCCCUCUGUCAGCAGCAGCAGACUGUCCCCCAAACACCUCAGCAGCAACAAGUGCAACCACAACAGCAACAACAAAUGGCCAAACCCAACUUCACUCAACAGUCCACCGCCAAUACUAUGACUAUAAAGACUGGAAACCAGGCUGCCAUGACUGUUACACCUGCUGCUUCAGUAGCUCCUUCCUCCACCUCGUCUCCAGCGCUCCCUCUGUCCCAGCUCCUCUUGUCCUCCUCUGCUGCUCCUGUGAUUCUGGUGCCCACCUCCAGUGUUCCUACCUCCACUCAGGGCUACCCCAUUGGCUCAGUGACCCCAAAAGCCAGUGUCAACACGCAGACUCUGGUGGUGCAGCCGCUACAACAGGCCAGCACUACUGCAGACAAAGGUCCUGUGCCUAUCCAGCCCAAGACAGCUCAGGGACACCGUUUACCUGUGCAGCUUCCCCCUAGACACCCACCUCCAAUUCUCCCAGCUCCACCUAACAACAGCCAAGCCACCACUGGGGGACACAAUCCUCCCCACAUCCCUGUCCAGCUUGUGGGAGCCAGACAGAGCUUAGCAGGAAACACACAGGCUGUGGCACUGGCACAGGCACGAAGCAGCACAACCCAGGAAAGUACAGCUGGUGGGAAUGUCUCCAACAGCAGUGUUAUGACCAAGCCUGCCGGUGGCUCUCUGAAGAGGAAAUCUGACUGUGAUGCACCAAAUGAGAUGCCAACAGAAUCAUCUGACUCCGCACCCCUUAAAGAUUCUGCUCCUCCCUUAUCCCCAGCCCCUACCAAGGAUUCUGCAGCCCCUCCUGCGGCCUCUGCCUUCUCGUCUCCUCCCACCCUGUCCUUGCCAGUGCCUUUGUCAAGAGUUGGGCAUGGGGACAAAGACAGAGCACCUGUUCCCCAGGCAGUGGUCAAACCUCAAGUCCUCACCCACCUUAUAGAGGGCUUUGUCAUCCAGGAGGGCGCCGAGCCGUUCCCUGUUGCGGGACUCCUCAAAGACAGAGAUUUUGCUCUGGUUGGCCGCUCAGAGAACGGACCCCCAAUGUUGAAAUGUGAGUACUGUGGAAGCCUUGCUCCAGCCAGCCAAUUCAGAGGAUCAAAGAGGUUCUGUACAAAUACUUGUGCUAAAAGGUACAAUGUAAGCUGCAGUCAACACUACAAGACAAGCAGAGGGAGAAAUGCCGCAGCACUGGCAUCACCUCCAGCACCCACUGAGAGCAAUGUAAAGCGCAGAGUGAAUUCUCGCAGGAGCAGUUCUACUAGGACCUCUAAGAUAUCAAGCAGGCAGCUACCUGUCAAGUGUCACUCUGAGUCCAGUCGCUCAGACGACAUAUCCAGCGAUGGGGAAGAAGAAGAGGAGGAGGAUUCUCCUUCACUUUCCCCAGGCUCCUCACACUCCUGCUCCAGACCUGACCACAGCGCUCCUCAGUCUGACAGCUCAGGUCCUGGAAGCCUUCCAGUGGAUGGGGGUAACUUUCUCUCAACAACUCCUGCUCAUUGGAGUGUGGAAGAAGUCUGCAGGUUUAUCGCUUCACUUCAAGGUUGCGAGGAGCUGGCUGCCCAGUUUUUGUCACAGGAAAUAGAUGGGCAGGCUCUGCUGCUUCUGCGAGAGGACCAUCUCAUUUCUACCAUGAAUAUCAAGCUGGGUCCUGCCCUAAAGAUCUGUGCCUCCAUUAACAGCCUGCGUGAGUGAUGCAGUCAGUGCUUCACAGGAACACCAGAAUAAUUUUCUCACUGAUGAUUUGUCACUGAUACCAAUACCCGCACAUGCUCCUCUUUUAGUAAGAAGUUAAAAAGGAAGGCUGAGAUCUAGAGGGGCAGCAAGUAUGUGUGGCUUUUUUACAAAGCAGCAGUGCUUCAUCAAUCACUUGGCGACACAGAGGUGGACAAUUUACUUUCUGAACAUUGAAUGUGCUCAACAUACGUUGUAUGCAUACUCUUAUGUAUGAGUGGUAAGUAUGGACAGUCUGAAGUAUCCACAUCAGUAGUGUUUGUCAGUUUUUUAUGUCACUAUUAGUAGAGAUUUUUCUAUGUAUACUCUUGUGAAACCGCACAUCUGCCAGCCUGCAGUCAUUGGUGCUAGGUCUUUUAGCUAGGCCAGUUCACCUGUUGGGUAAGUAAAAGAAACUUUGCCUUCUUGCUGUAUUUCAAACGGUGCUUUAACUUUAGUGGCGUGAUUUAGAGUGAUGUCAGCAACGGUCCAUUUCAUUUAAAUGUGGCAGUCUUUUAGUAGUUUUUUAUUCUUUCUUUGUUU